AUGAGGAAGACUCCGGACACUGACGAGUCGGUCCGGUGUACGGUGUCUCGCUGCAGCUGUGUGUGUUUCAAACCAGGAAUUGUCCAACCCCGGUCCUGUGAUCACUGCGGACACGGCUGGGUCGCCCACGCCUUGGCUAAGCCUCAGUUCCAGACCCAGCCGGCGUCCCGCUGCAGCCCAGUGGAGGUGGCCCUUCCUGGGCUGGUGUUUGACCUGAGCUCCCUGGUCCUUUACGGAGCUCAGGCUGUUCCCGUUCGGCUAAAGAUUCUUCUGGACCGUCUCUACAGCAUCCUAACCCAAGAACAGGUCGGCCACAUACUGCACACCCUGGGCUGGAGUUUGGGGGAUUAUGUUCGAGGCUACAUGCUGCAGCAUCCCGGUGGGAAAGUCUUGGAGCGCUGGCUGAUGGUGACCCCUGAAGAAGAGCUUCUCAUCCUCAAACAGUUCCUUCGCUUCGGCGAGACGCGGUCCAUCGUCGAGCUGAUGGCGCCUCAGUGCCGGGCGGCUGCCAAUCACCGCUCCGAUCCAGAGAUGGACCCCGCACCGAAGAGCCAACGAUCGCACAUCGACACGCUGGCCGAGCACAACGGGGGAACUCCAGAGGACAACCAGUCCUGCUGA